GUGGGGGGAGAGAUAGUGGGGGGAGAUGGAGUCUGGGAUGAGGCAUCAACAGCAUCAGCGUCCACGUCGGCCAGACUACACGCGGCUCUCUAAGCCAGUGAUCGAGAAGAAGCGAAGAGCGAGAAUUAACCACAGCCUGAGGCAGCUGCAGCAAAUCCUAACAACUCACUUCCAUACACAGCGUCACCGGAAGCGGAAGUUGGAGAAGGCGGACAUCUUGGAGCUGGCGGUGCGACAGUUGCAGGAAGUGGUGCUGCUCACUUCCGCAGCCGUGACGUCGCUCGCGGCGAGCCCCGCGGCGCCCUGCUGCGGCCUAGCGGAUCCCCGGCCUCGCCUGGCCGCUCUGCCCGCCGGGGCGCCACCGAGCCCGGCCAAGGCCGGUGGGUUUUGGCGGCCCUGGUGACGGGCUCUGUCGACCACCGCCACCACCACCACCACCAGCCCCACACCGCCACCACCGCAACGCAGCAGGGUCAACGGCAGUGCAGUACAACAACGUUCCUCCGGCACACCCAGUGGGGAGUGACUUGCUGCAACGCCUGCGAUGGUGAGAUGUUGACUACCUCGCCGGGUAGACAGGAGGUCGUGGGUUCGAUCCCGGACCCUGUGAGAUGUUGACUACCUCGCCUGGUAUACAGGAGGUCCU